GGAUUUUUCGAAUCAACCGCCGACAUCAGCCAUCUGACCAUAGCGAAAGUUUUCCAUUUAGGAAAAAGAACGCCGGUCGCCGUGAGGUUUUCCACCACGGCGGGCGAAUUGGGAUCGGCGGAGGCUGCGAGGGACCAGAAAGGGAUGUCCGAAAGUUUCAAACCGAGGACGGCGUGUUUGACCUCAGCGGCAAUCACACCCCCACGUUCUUCCUGAGAGAUCCGAUUCUGUUCCCCAGCCUGGUGCACGCCAUCAAGAGGAAUCCCAAGACGCAUCUGCCGGACCCGAACAUGUUCUGGGAUUUCAUGUCGCUCAGGCCGGAGACGAUGAGCACUUUGCUGCGACUGUUUUCGAACACCGGACUACCGGACGGCUGGAGGAGGAUGGAUUCUUAUCCGGCGAACGUUUACAAGCUGGUGAACUUCAAUAGAGUCGUGCAUUAUUGCAAGUUCUCUUUCGAAUGCAAAGAGACAAAACGUUAUCUAUCCACCAAGGACGCUUCGCGAGUCGAACCGGAUUAUUUCACUAGGGACUUGUUCAAUGCGAUCGAGAGGCACAACUACCCCAGCUGGAUUCUAUACAUCCAAGUUAUGACAGAGGGGCAAGCGAUGGAACUGCUCCAUCGCAGAGUUAAUCCUUUCGAUCCUUUCGACAACACCAAAGUCUGGCCGUCGAGGGAGUUUCCUCGGACUCGUCUAGGAAUGCUCAACCUCACGUCAAACCCAACCAAUCAUUUCGCUGAAAUCGAACAGCUCGCUUUUGCUCCAGCCAACAUGGUGCCUGGGAUCGAACCGUCUGCCUACGAUAAGAUAUUGCAAGGUAGGAUAUUUGCAUACCCUGACGCGCAAAGGUACAGGCUUGGUCCCAACUAUCAGCAGCUGGGUCCUAACAGACCCUUGAACGCAGUACGUAACUAUCAGAGAGACGGUCCCCAAACCUUCUACCAUCAAGGGGACGAACCAAAUUACCAUCCCAACACCUUUCUAGGUCCGCCGGAUGUUUUUAUCAACAAACUUGAUUUCAAGGAGGAUAUAUUUCUAAUGCUGCCGCCCAGUGUUUACGAUGAUGUAUGGCAAAACCAACAGUACUUAGACAGCUUGGGCAUCUUCAACAAACAGUCAUUAGCUAAAAACAUAGCGAAUUCCCUCGGGACAGUGACUGAUCCGGAAAUCAAAAACAGGAUGUUGGGUCUUUUCUCAAAAAUCGAUAGAACAUUCCAUAUGCUUAUCAAAGAUUAUUUGUAAAUGUUAUUGA